AUGAUUUUGGAUGAGGCUGCAUUUAAUAAACAAUUCAACUCACAUCGUUUACAACAAUUAGAUAAAAAUGUAUUCUUCGGCUCCUUACCAUCGCUAAAUGAUCUUGACUCAUUGAAAACCAACAAUAUUAGAUUUCUCAUCGGUAUUGAUAUUCCAACAGAGACUAUGUCACAAUUAUACACCCACUCAAACCUUUGUAACUUAUAUUCCUCCAAUGGUAUCAACGAUAUUAUAAUGAUUAAUUUCCACACUUCUUUAAUGCCACAACCAUUUAACGUUAACGAUCCAACAAUCUCCUGCUAUAUCAAUAAUAAUUCCUGCAUGUUGAAUAAAUUGACUGCACAACUAAACCCCGAAAUCUUCAAUACAAAUCAGGUGAUCUACGGCAACAAGACAAACUAUACAAAUGUCAGAUUCAACGUAUUCCAAUUGAACAACUAUGACCUGUUCGAACAAUUCAACGAUUGGUUGGAGAUUUUCAAGUCCACAGGGAACGGCGUGCUUAUAUUCGGUGAUCACGAAAAUAAUGAAACUUUUAUAGCAUUAUUAAUAUCUUGUGUGAUCAAAAAAUCGUCAAACUUGAAGAUCAUGGAUGCAUUCCAAUUCAUCAAGUCUCUAAAGAAUGAUUCGAAUGACAACAUCCAAGAACAAAGGAUUUACUGGAACAGUGGAUUGUUGAGCUAUUACGAAACAAUAAGAAAAAACUCUAUGGUCUGGAAUGCUAACGGGAUACCCUCUUUAUCAUAUGGAUCAUCAAUGUUCCAGAAUAAGACCAUCUCACCUAACAAGAGAAGAGUAAUAAAUCUUCAUCCACAAAACCAAACUCCAAUGUCGCCCACUUCUCCACUUAAAGGAAAAGUAAAUCCUGUGGGUUCUUUUGAUAGAUGUAAAAGGGCUCGUUCCGACUGA